CUCUUCUCUCUCUCUCUCUCUCUUUCUUUCUCUUUCUCUCUAACGCCAUUUCGGUGUUUUUCGUAUGUCUAUGCCUACCGAUCGUUCGACUGCCGUUAAUAUUUAUUUAUAUUAGAGGAUAUAAUUAUUUUUGUAGCCAUGUAAUCUAUUUUUCGAUAGUUCUGAUUAAAUCGCCGUUUGGUAUUGGUUUUACGAGUAUAGUUGAGUGAGAUUGUCGACCUAACCUGACAUAACCGUCAAAGUGAAAAUCGAAGGCGAGUGUUGCUCUGGAAGUGACCGUGAAAGAAGUUUAAUCAUUUUCUGUCGUUGCUAACUUAUCGUCUGACUCGUUAUAAUUGUCAAGAAAGCAGGAUAAAAUAAUAAAAAUAAGCACUGUUCGAGAUACGAAAAUGCCGCCGAAAUGUAAAUUUCAGGAAGGAGAAAAAGUUCUAUGCUUUCAUGGGCCAUUGAUCUAUGAAGCAAAAUGCUUGAAAUCCUCCAUUACUAAAGAGAAGCAAAUCAAAUAUUUCAUUCAUUAUGCAGGUUGGAAUAAGAACUGGGACGAAUGGGUUCCGGAGAGCAGAGUACUCAAAUACAACGAAGCAAAUGUACAAAGACAAAGAGAAGUUCAGAGAGCACACUCGACUCAACAAUCUGCACAAAAGAACAAAAAGGGAAAUACAACAACUAAAGCACAGGGGAGAAGGAGCGAAGGGGGUAGAGAGAAAGAUACAGACAGUAGAGCGAGCACUCCUGUUUCAACAGCUGACAAAAGUAUAAGUCGUUUUAGCAAGGGUACUAAUAGCACGGUGACAGCUUCAUCCUCUCACGAGUCCACGUCGGAACCUACUCGGAAAAAACGGAGUCGAUUAGAACCAUCUAGUGAAACUGAAGAAUAUCUCACUAAAGUGGAGGUUAAGAUAAAAUUACCCGAAGAAUUGAAGUUUGUGCUAAUAGAUGAAUCUGAAGUAAUAUUAAAACACCAUAAGCUACCUGCAUUACCUGUACAAAAUACAGUUGACAAAAUUUUAGACGAUUAUGUAGAAAUGAAAUCAUCUGGAAAAACCAAUGAUACUAGGGAAAGUACUUUGGAAAUAACAAAAGGUAUUCGUGAAUAUUUUAAUAUCACAUUAGGGCUUCAAUUGCUAUACAAAUGGGAACGCCCGCAAUUUAUACAGAUAACGAAUGACAAUCCGGAAACCUUGCCGAGUCAGUUGUAUGGAGCGUUUCAUUUACUUAGACUAUUUGUGAGACUCGGUGGUAUGCUGUCAUACACACCUUUAGAUGAAAGGAGUAUACAGCUGUUACUGUCACAUUUUCAUGACUUCUUACAAUAUUUGCAAAAGAAUAAUGCCGAACUCUUCAAUCUUCAACAGGAUUACACAGAUCCACCACCAGAUUAUCAUCGAAAAUAUGGUUAAACCAUCAAAGUGCGUAAAAUUAUUUCUCAAGUUCAUUUAUAUUUGGGGACAAAUGUAUUUUAAUCUUGUGUAGAAUAUUAUUUUAUAUAGGAAUCACACACACAUGUGUAACAAUAUUAAUUGAAUCUAUUUAUUGUGCAAUUAUACAUAACUUUGUCAUUUUAAGUAGCCUGCCAUAAUUUUACCUAUAUUAGCAAAAAUAUAAACACAAAAUAGAGGUUUCAAUGAUUAAACGUCAUUUAUAAGAGAGAUGAGGUAUAAUGCGGUACGCAACAUUUAGAUACAUUAAACCACAUUAAACCAAGUAAACCAAGUAAAUCCAGUAAAAUAUAUGUUAUUGAUUAUUCA